AUGGCUCAAGAAAUCCCCACUAUUAGUUCCACUUUUGUACCAAUUAAUAAUGUAGAGGCACCAGCCGUUCAUUUAGCGCUUGGGUAUCAGUUUAACUUUUCUUGUUUGUUAUAUAACGAUUACAAAGGAACAACAAAUGAAAGUUGCAAUCAAUAUAUUACACAACCAAUAGAGACUAAUGACAUCGAUUAUCCUUUUGUUGGAAACUUUUCACCAAAAGGUGCUAUAAAGUUAGCUGGAUAUAAUACCACAGAAAUCGAAGCAGAAGCAACAUCAGGACCGAUUUUCGUUUAUCUAUAUAUAAAUAUCACAGAUCCUACAUAUGAUGAUAACAAUAUCGCUCAUGAACCAUUCUUUAGAAUGACUUUAUAUGAUGCAGGCAAAAAAAAGAGAAAUACGAUUACUAAAAGAACUUUAUCUUAUAUUGGUCUUCCACCAACAUACCUUUCAGAAUAUUAUAUUGAAUCAAAUAUGCAGAGUGUGCCGAUGGAAUCUUUAAACAAAACUAAUAUAAUUCUACGUCUUAGUCCACGAAGUUUUCUUUUAGAAGAGGAACAAGAGCAAAGGCAUCUUACGAUUAUUAGCACAUUAGGAACUAUUGCUGCAUAUUAUAGUUCAAUCGCGUUUAUUUACGUAUUUUUAUUUGGAGUUGAUUCAAUAACACCAUGGGGUGUUAUACAUGGUGGAUGUUGCGGAUGCAGGAAAGUCAAACAUAAAACGCGAGAAGUAAUCUACGAGACUGUGCAUUCACCUGACAUGGAAGCUAAUCUUCCUGAUACAGAAAUUAAUUUAAAAACUCUCAUCCAAAAAGUUAAUGAUUUAGAAAAAUUUAAACGUUACAUUGGAAAUAACUUUAUUGAUACUAAAUUAUAUGAAAA